GGUUUCAUUUGUGCCUCCUUUUUUUUUUUAUAAAGGUGGUAUAUAAUUGUUCUGAACGUGCCUUAACAUCUCUCUCUCUUCUGUGUUACUUUGAGAUGCCUUCCAGAUCUGGUUAAACCCGUUUCAAAGAAGAGGAGAAAACCUUUGCCAUACAUUGCUCUGUAGUUUUCCACUUGUCUGUUUAAUCAGUUGGUGUUCUCGUAGCUGUCUCAGGUUGGAUGGGGAGUUUAGUAUUUAUCAGACAUUUUGUACAAUCAGAGCUACCAACUUUACAGAAUUUAGUCUUUUUAUUGCCACUGUCAGUAUCAGUUAUGUGUGUUUCAUCACACCAAAAGUGGAUUCAAUAGAUAAGACCUAUGCAAAACCAAAAUGGGGUAACAGUUUAAUUUUCUUCCCUCCUUGGAGCUUUAAACAGGAAUAAGCAAACUGUUUUUAAUUUUAAGCAUUGAAAAUAUGGAUUGGUCUUUUAUAUUUCUAUUUGAGAAGUAUUGCUUUUGAAGAAGUGCCUUUCAACCUUGCUCUGUUUUCAUUAAAGAUUGCUCUUCAGUGGACAGGUCAACUUUGUCUUGGAACUUACUUGAACUUUCUUGAAGCGGCCAGUAAAGCAUGAAGCCUACAUUAGAGAUUUCCUGUGCUGUUAUUCUGCCAUUCCUCUCUGUUCUCUAUUCAGAGAAAUGCAUUCUGGUAGAAAACACAUCUCAGAAACGUAUUGAGGAAGGAGAAGUUCUUGGAAUUGAUUGUUUUCAGCAUACCGACUCUAGCACCUACUGGUACAGAAAUGGAAGCAAAACUCCUAUAACUAAACAAAAUUCAUCAAGAAUUCAUCAGCAAGAUACUGCGCUGUGGUUUCUGCCUGUGACAUAUCAUGAUUCUGGAUCAUAUGAAUGCAUUACACAGGAUUCAACAAAAUGUUACAAAAAGAAUAUCCAAAUAGAAGUAUUCAACCACAGUGGUUCCCUUUGCUUUAAUGAGAAUCACUUCUUCGAGCAAAGGAUACCAGUCGCAACAAAUGAGAAGAUUGUGUGCAAUUACAAGGAUCAUUUGUUAGGACAAGAGCCGGACGAUUUGUCCAUUGAUUGGUUUAAGGAAUGCAAUCCGGUUAGGGGUGAACGAUUUAGCACCUCUGAAUCUGAACUUAUAAUAAAUAAUAUCAAUAAAGAUGAUAUGGGAAAAUACCAGUGCAGAGGAUCCUACACUUAUCUGAGGCACAAAUACAACUUCUCAAGGAGUAUUCGGGUAUCUGAUUUAAAAAUUCAGAGGAAGAGAACUGAGAUUCUGCAUCCUAGAAACCAUACCAUUGAAGCUGAACUUGGAUCCAAAAUACUUAUAGAGUGCAAUGUCUCACAUUCCAAAAACAACCUCUAUUCUAUUUCCUGGAUGGUCAAUAAUACUCUUGUUGAUUUACUUUUUAAAGGAAGAAUUGAAGAAGGCUUCCAAAAAGACAAUGAUAUUGAGGGAGGACAGCUUUCCGUGGUCCCUCUGACCAUUAAAAAAUUGCAGAAUGAAGAUUAUGGCCAGCUGUUUGUUUGCAGAGCUGGUCAAAUUGCUGCAUACAUCUCAAUACAUCGUCCAACCAGAAAUCUUACAGGACUUGCUGCACUGGUAUUGUUAAUACUUAUUCCGGUAAUAAUCUGCCUGUUAUUCAAGACUGAAAUUGUACUUUGGUAUCGAAAGUUAUGCCGCCCCUUUUUUCACAAAAGAGUUUUAGAUGGGAAGGUCUAUGAUGCAUAUGUUUUGUACCCAAAAACCGAUACUCAAGAUUGCUUUGCCUUGAAAGUCCUUCCUGAAGUUUUGGAGAAGCAGUGUGGGUACAAUCUGUUCAUACCUGGCAGGGAUGAUUUACCAGGAAAAGCUUUAGUCAAUGUUGUUGAUGAAACCAUCCGACAAAGUAGAAGGCUGAUCAUUAUUUUGCUGCCUGAGCUGCCUAGCCUGGACAAGGCUGCUGAGCAGCACAUAGCUGUGUACCGGGCCCUUGUUCCUGAUGGAAUUAAAGUCAUCUUGAUUGAAAUGGCUAAAAUAAAAGAUUACAGUCACAUGCCAGAAUCCAUCAGAUACAUCAAGCAGAAACAGGGUGCUAUCCGAUGGAAAGGAGACCUUACAAAGAGAAGCUCUUAUUCUGCAAACAACAAGUUCUGGAAAAGGGUCAGGUAUCGAAUGCCACCUGAACAUCAAAAUUCCCCUGAACUGCCUUUGGUCUCAAUAACAUUCAGUGAUCGUGAACCAGCAAGAACAUGACUGCCACCUCUGUUUAUUACCACUUUCACAAGUUUUUCUUAAAGAAUGCUUACCACAUUUAUGUUUGGGUGUGAUAUUGUGUCUACUGUGACAGGAGAGUAAGAACUCAUUCUUUCAAAGUACAUAUAAUUCAGGAGUGAUGAUGUUGCCAGUGUCUCCUCUUCUGCAAGAGAGAAAUAACAUGCUUGGCUCAGUUACAGACACAUACCUGUAACAUCUGUUGUGGCUGUGCAGAUACCUUUUUCAACAAAGGUUAUUGAAACCUGUCUCACUUCCUCAAAAGAAAGUCUAUCAAAAGAACUGGAGGUUUAUAUAAAGCAGGGAUGAGCAACCUGAUGUCCUUCAGAAGUUUUAUUAAGUUUCUUAGGAUGUAUCUACUACACUAGAAUUAAUUAGCCUGGUACCGCUUUAAUUGCAAUGAUCCAAUGUUGUGGAAUCAUGGGACUUGACGUUUUGGGAGGCACCAGCACUCUUUGACAGAGAAGCCUAAUGGCCAUGUAAAAAUCCCAACUCCUUGUGAUUCCACAGCACUGAACCAUCGCUGAGGCGUCAAACUUCAUUCGUUUUACAGUGCAAAUGCAUUCUUAAUCUCUGACCAUUGGCUGUAGUGCCUGGGAUUUAUAGGUAUUAUAAUAUCUGUUGCAUCUGCAGAUUGCCAACUCCUUUAAAGGGGAAAGUUGCAUCUGUACCAUAGGUGGGAAUGUGAAAACACUCCAUCACGAUUUAUUUCUCCAAAUCCUAUCGCAAAUCCUAUGAUGUUCCAUACAAUGUUGCCAAAUACUAUAUUUACUCAAGUCUAAUGCACCAUUGAAUCUAAUGCAACCCUCCAUUUUCAAAAGCCUAAAACAAAAAAAAUUACUCUUCCACACACACUCCAGGCAAGGGGAGGUUGCUUCCCCACAUCAGGGGAGACUGAUCAAGGGAUCAGUUGGGACCUGCAUAAGACUGGUGAGUUCAUCAGUCUCGGCCUGUCAGAGGGGCUCUGGGGGUGGGUAUGUGAAAGAAAGCAGGCCCAAUAAUGCUUCAGGGAGGCAGGCACUGAAAGAGUCAACAGGCAAGGGGAAACCAUUCCUCCCCAUCAGGCCAAGGUCACCAGUCUCAUGUGGUUCCUAACUGGCCCUUCAUCUGGUUUAUGUAUGCAAUUCAAAUACACCAUUGAAUCUAAUAAACACCAUAAUUUUGGUGACAUAAUUUAACCAGAAAAGGUUAAAUUAUGUUAAAUUAGAGUCAAGAAAAUACUUCGAAAUGUUAGCCAUUUUUCUUGCAUGGAUACUGUUUUUAUACCACUUUUCUAAUGUGCCUAUUUUAUGUUUUCCCAUUACUGACGAACAUUUGUGCAUACUUUCUGUUAUACAUCAUGAUUUGCUAUUCAGAAUUUUAAAUAAUACAACCCCCUGUACCUGCUGGGGCAGACACGAAACUGGAGAUAAUAGCAAACCUGUCUGGAAUGAAGGACCUCCAUCCCAAGAACACCAUAGAUCAUGCCAGAGGACCUAGAAAAUACCUAAAUAGACCAUAUUUUGUUGGAAAGGAAUAAAUGAAACUGUAUGUACAAGUCCUGAGGAUACAAAACAUACUUAAAGCCUUGCAGAAAUGAGGAUUUCUGAGACAAUGUACUAUGAAAUGGGUAAUUACAUCAAGAAUUUUGAAUUAAUUAAACUUAUUUUCAAUGUUCAAGAUUGACACAACUAAAGAUAUACAGAGGCUGUUUCUGGAAAUGUUAGUUUUAGCUGGAAAAAAGAAAGUAUUUCUUUGUUCUUGUGUUCAGAUUUGCAUUUGUUUCUUUUGUUUUGGUUCCAUCAGAAUGAUGUUUUUCAGAUGUGGCUGAAAUCAUUUGAAGUCCGUAUUCAUCAAUGAUUACCUUUUUCUCUACAUGUUUUUGACUGAUAUGGAUGAUACUGCUCACUUUUACUAGUGCUAUAUUUCCCCUUAAACCUUUUGUUUAAAUUUGCACAGAAAUUUCUUUAAAGAGUCAGUAUAUUUAAUUUUAUGUACAAUCACCACUUAAUGCAGUCGUUGUUGUUUGACUUUUUUUGGCAACAUUUCCAUCUGGUUUUACUGUUUGUAUUUUAUCAUAAACACUUGUAUGAAUGUAUGUGCACACAGACAUGCAUAUGUCAACAUUUCAUGCAUCUGAUGAGAUGAACGAGUCCACACUAGCUUGUACCAGGGCAAAUUUAGUAGUUGUUAAGGUGACACAAAAAUAUUUAUUUGUAAUAUUUGUAUCCUUUUUUUAUGAAAUGUAAGAUAGUUUAUAUUUUCCAUCAAUACUGACCUGUAAAAAACUUACAUGUGAAUAUAAAUUGUACAUUAAUUGUGAA